AUGGAUGCCGCCAACCUGUGUUCUGCACUUGAACUAUGCGAUCUUUUCUGCUUACAACCGAUAGCAAAUGGGCCCUGGAAUCGUGCGCCGUUUAAGACUGAUGGCCCUCGGCCGCUGUUGUGGUGCCGUCACCGCACCUUGUUCAAGUUUGACCGCCAUCUUUGCUGCAGCUGA